AGCAUAAAACCAAGACCACCACUAGACCACCAAAUAACCUGCGAGUCCAAGAAACGCAACUUUUCCUCCGAUUUUCCCCGUUUUGCCUUUGGAAAUAUCUCGUAUUUUCUACUCACUGACCCUCCAUGGCCGGCAAGACCAUGCUCGCCGUCCAGUACGAUGGCUAUGGUGCUGGAGCCGAUGGUCUCAAGCAUGUUUCGGUUCCGAUUCCUUCACCGAAGAAAUACGAAAUCUUGCUGAAGCUUGAUGCAGUAGCUAUUAAUCCAAUUGAUUGGAAAAUCCAGAAAGGCAUGUUAAGGCCAUUCAUGCCUCCAAAAUUCCCAUUCAUACCUGUUGUUGAUGUCACCGGGGAGGUUAUCGAAGUCGGUCCUGGAGUGAACUCUUUCAAACCUGGAGAUAGAGUUAUUUCUUUGCUUGAUUUUAAGAAUGCCGGAGGUCUUGCUGAGUACGCUGUGGCGCCGAUUGAUUUUACAGUGCAUAGACCACCUGAAAUUCCUGCAGCUGAAGCUGCAGGUCUACCCGCCGCCGCCUGCACCGCUCUUCAGGCACUAAAGACUGCCGGUGUUACAUUUGACAAACCCAGCCAGCUAAAGAACAUUCUUAUUACUGCCGCCUCCGGCGGCGUUGGUCUGUUCGCCGUGCAACUCGCCAAAGUCGCAAAUCUUCAUGUCACUGCUACAUGUGGUGCUAGAAACAUCGAACUAGUGAAAAGUUUAGGCGCCGAUGAAGUUCUUGAUUAUAAGACUUCAGAAGGUGCUGAAUUGAAGAGCCCGUCCGGUAAAAAAUACGACGGAGUAAUACAUUGUGCAACUGGUAUCGCUUGGUCAGUCUUUGAGCCUAAUCUGAGCACAUACGGAAAAGUUGUCGACAUUAAUCCAACUCUGAAGUCUAUGUUAUUUUCUGUUGUGAAGAAGGUGACAUUGUCGAAGAAGAAACUGGUUACAAUGUCGUUGACUGCGAAAGCCGAUGAAUUGAAGUUUAUUGUUGAGUUAGCAAAUGAAGGGAAGCUCAAGACGGUGAUCGAUUCGGAACAUUCGAUGAGGAAUGCAAGGGAUGCAUGGACUAAGAGCAUUGAUGGUCAUGCUACUGGGAAAAUCAUUGUGCAGAUUAAUGUUGAGUGAGUGUCAAUGCAUCAUUUGGAGUUUGUUGUAAAGUUUGAUUUAAUAAUAAAAGAACAUGUGUUUGUAUAAUAAUACCUUCACUAUCUCCGACGAUAAUAAGAGAGCCGUAACUCAUUUAUGUUC